AUGUGGCAGACAGAUCGGCCUGGAGCCCCGUCCCCCAAGUCUGAUUUAGACCAGAUCCAGAUCGAGAUCGAGAUCAGAGCUCUGCCAUUUGGACGGACUCUUCGCAGCAAGUUCACCAAUGUGAGUGCGGAGUGCAGCGAUGAGUUCUGCUCGGGCAUCCGGGGAUGGCUGACCCCCAGAGGUGAGCUCAACCUGGACAUCCACCUGAACCGCACCUUGAGGAACGGGCUGAGGACCACCAUUAGUCUGCUCCAGCUGCUGGACGGCAGAAGUCGGUACCAGAUGCUCUUCAGCUACGACAUGGACACCUGCAAGACCCUGCGGGAACUCCUGCAGGCCAGCUUGAUGAAGGUCUGGCUGCGGAACGUGUUCAAGUACGGCAGCCUGGCCGACCGCUGUCCCAUCCAGCCAGCCUUCUACAACGUGCGCAACUUUCGGCUGGAGAACCACAGCAUUCCGGGUUACUUGCCCGCGGGAUUCUACCGCCUGAACGACACAAAUUACUAUGGGAAGCCCAAGGGCAGGCUGCGUCGUUCGGUGGCCACUUUCUUGCUGGAUAUAAAGUUCUAUUAA